AUGGAGACAAAGUGUUUAUUCUCUGAAUACCGUCAAGUGGAAACUUUCGGACCCGACCAAGAGUAUGAAUCUGAAGAAGAGGUAGUGUACGUAACUCUCGACCUCGGGACGAUCGAACCUACUCUCGUACCAAGUAGCUCAACUUACUGCUUGAUUGGUCUAGACACUCCGACGCCUUUCCUGCAGCUGUCUGGUACAAUCUUCAAGGGACAACAUCAGAGACUGUUAGGGACGGAGUUGCUGUUCGCCGAUUCUAAGGAGGAACAUCAUGACCGUAAUCGGAAGCCGCUGGAGCACGUGGGCAUCACAGAGCAACGGAUCCGAUUUAAGGAGGUAGAGCUCCGAGAGAAGGUCACCGGGAGUUCUGAUGUUGCAGACACAGCGCAAACUACCACCAAGGGCAAGAGCAAGCGCCACAGAGCUCCCGAAUCAGUGGAAGAAGUAACCGGAAGCAGCUCAUUCCACACUGUGACUCGUACUCGCGGUGGGCGCGGAGGCAAGGCUUCAAAAACGAAAGAUAAAGGGAAGGGGAAAGAACGUCCGGACCGCCCCCCACAAGAAUCUGACGACGACGAUAAUAUUCUGACUGUCAGGGAAGCAGACGGAAUUGCGGCCGCACAGGAUGCGAUGGACGCUGCGACUGACAGUGUAGCUCAUGUCCGUGGAUCCGGCGACGGCCAAAUGGCGGGAGCACAAGAGCAUAUAACGCGAUCGAUGCUUGAUGAUGAUGGCGAUGGGGAGCAAAUUGUGCCAAUGGACGUAGACGAUCAAGCUGGGCAAGAGACGUCUUAA